UGGAAAAAGACGUAAGCUGAGGGAGCAAGCGCCUGUCUCUUUAAGUGCCACGGGCUGCUCUCCCGCCCGGGAGCCGGGAGCCGGAUCUACAAUCCCCUCCCUCCCGCUCCAGCGCUUGUUGCUCGCCCGGCCCGAGCGGGAGCUGCGGCCGACCGGCAGUUUAGUCCUCACCGCCUCGCGCUCCACCUCCUCGAGAGCUGGCUGACUGGGGGCAGUAGCCCCGGCAGGAGGGAGGGGUCGCGGUGUGAACAGGAAUUGCUCCCCCUUCAAGUUUGGGGUGCGACGCAGCCGCGGGGGAAGACAUGCGUCGCUCCCCUCUGCCCAGCCUCGCUGCAGCCCGCGCCGGGAGAAGGAGGACUGCAGCGCCCACACCUGCAAACUCUCCCUAGAAGUCUUGGGGUGCGGCCGGGGCGCCUCCUCAAUCCUUACGGCCUCCACCUCUCUGCGGGUGUCCUCAGCCCCUGUACGGGACCUGCGCCAAUGACCCUAGUGGUGGUUUCGCUUUCUCCUUUCGCGGCGGUGUGAACGUGUGUCCGCAACGUGAUGGGCAAUCAGGUGGAGAAACUGACCCACCUAAGUUACAAGGAAGUUCCAACGGCCGAUCCGACUGGUGUGGACCGGGACGACGGGCCCCGCAUUGGGGUCUCCUACAUCUUCUCCAAUGACGAUGAGGACGUGGAGCCGCAGCCGCCGCCCCAGGGGCCGGAUAGCGGCAGCUUACCCGACGGAGGAGACGGGCCGCCUCUGCCCCAGCCUCAGCCCUACGACCCGCGGCUUCAUGAAGUGGAAUGCUCCGUGUUCUACCGCGACGAGUGUAUCUAUCAGAAAAGCUUUGCCCCGGGCUCGGCAGCGCUGAGCACCUACACGCCUGAAAACCUGCUCAACAAGUGCAAGCCAGGCGACCUGGUGGAGUUCGUGUCGCAGGCGCAGUACCCGCACUGGGCGGUGUACGUGGGCAACUUCCAGGUGGUGCAUUUGCACCGGCUGGAGGUGAGCAAUAGCUUCCUAACAGACGCAAGCCAGGGCCGUCGCGGCCGCGUGGUCAAUGAUCUGUACCGCUACAAACCGCUGAGUCCCAGCGCAGUGGUGCGCAACGCACUGGCGCACGUGGGCGCCAAGGAGCGCGAGCUGAGCUGGCGCAACUCGGAGAGCUUCGCUGCCUGGUGCCGCUACGGCAAGCGCGAGUUCAAGAUCGGCGGAGAGCUGCGCAUCGGCAAGCAGCCCUACCGGCUACAAAUUCAGCUCUCGGCGCAGCGCAGCCACACACUGGAGUUCCAGAGCCUGGAGGACUUGAUCAUGGAGAAGCGGCGCAACGACCAGAUUGGGCGAGCCGCUGUGCUGCAGGAGCUCGCCACGCACCUGCACCCGGCGGAGCCGGACGAGGGCGACAGUAACCUGGCUCGGACUACGCCGCCUCUCGGGCGCCCCCCUGCGCCCAGUUCCGAGGAGGAGGACCGAGAGGCGGUGGCACACUGAUGGCCCGGCAAGCAGAGCGCAGAGCUACGAAAGGGAGCUGUUUGCAGAAGCAGUCGCUGCCCCCUUCCUCCCUCUCUCCUUCCUUCCCUCCUCCACCACCUUCUGGGCCCCAUCUGGGAUUCCUGGGCCCUUUGGAAAACGGAGAGUUGGUGAAAUGCGCAGCCGGCUGUGGACGGGGGUGGAGGAAGGGGACAGAGGGAGCAGGUAGGAGCACUGGGAGGGGUUUCAUUUCCUUCUCAUCCCUUCGAUCUGUCUUCCUUUCUGUGGCGAGGCAAAUUGUGGACUUGCCUGGCACUUAAUUGUUGCUGGAUCUGGUUCUAAAAUCUGCCCUUAUGCACAUGGGGUUGGAGAGAAGUUCCGAGAACCAGUGUGUACGAUUGCCUCCUCCAGCUUAACUGCUUGCAUUGGGCUUGGAGGAUUCCUGGUAAAAAGCCCUACCGGUUUGUGGAAUCUCCUCUGCCGGCCAGCACAGAGAGCUGCUUAUCUGCUUCCUUUGUGGAGCUAGGUUUUGUUUGGGAUCUGGGAGGUUGGGAUGAUAUAUUUUAUGGGAUUCCUGGGGCGCAGGGCUGUCUAAACCAUGACAAGGUCUGGGAGCAGCAGACCAAAACCAGGCAGCCCCCUAUUAAGUGUAACAUAGUUGAGCAAACUCUGGCUGCAAACACAGACUUUACUACCUCCUUCCUCCCAACCCCAAAUAAUUAGUCUUCAGGAGCUGACUCUUGGCUAAAUCGCCUCCACUAGCCCCUUCCCAGGUUACAAGUAAAUCAUUGUCAAGGGCCAGACCCGGGAAGGAUUCAAUUAAGGUUUGUUCUGAGGUCUUUGUUUCUCCCCUGCUGUUGUAGGCACUUAAAUAGCUGCAUUGUUAUCAAUGGAGGGAAUGGCCCUUUGUGUCUCUGAUCUAAUUAAACCUGCUCAGCUGUGUUCAUCCUCAGGUCACAUGUAGGAUUGGUUUGUACCACCUCAUAAAGUAUCUGCUAUGGAAAUAGACAUUCUCCCUAGCAAGAAUUAAUCUCUUUUUUCCUCCCCUCCUGAAUAGUGAAGGGAACCUUUUUUUUUUUUUUCAAAACAAGGCUUUGAUAGUAGAGCUAUGACUUACUUUUUUUCCCCUUCUUAUACUGGCUCAACUCCUUCACUCUCCUUUUUGUUCUGCUGGUGGCAAAAUCUUAGGCUGGAGACAUUCAGUAGUCCUAGCCACACUUCAUGAAGUUUAAGGUGCAAAGUCUUGUACUGUAGCAGUCUCCUUAUUGCUUGGAGUACCCUUUCAGAGCCCUUUCCUAAUAGGGUGACCUCAGUCACAGAUGCUACCUGGUGUAGCCAUCACCAGAUCUUAAUUUGGAGACAGUCUGAAGGUACAGAUUGGUGAGAUCUGUUAGUGGCAGACUGAGAAAGUAUUAUUUGGUUCUGCAUCUGCUUUCUACAAGACCAAUUUUUUCAACCUGUCUCUUCUCCUGCAAACUCUGUAAGGAUGUGUGCCCUCCACUGCAGAAUAGUUUCUCUGCUGCCCAUUGCCAGUACUGUCUUCAAACCUUGUAUAGAGUUUGAGGGGCUUUUCCCCUCUCCUGGGAGUCAUAAACUACAUUGUACAAGUCAUUUGGUGACCUAAUUCUUAACAGUUGGAAUAGAAUCAUACUUGAGUGGUGCACAACCCUGGCUGUAGUUGGGCCUCUUGCCUGGAAAUCUCUAAAUGAAGGCAAAAAGUCUUGAAGGAUUUUCUUUUGUAUUUAGUGUUUUUAGGCAUUGGAAUUGAGGCCAUAAUUUUUAAAAGCCUGGGCCUUCUGAGCAUCUCAGACAUGAAGUCUUAAUUACAAGGCAUUAGGCAUGUUCCCUGUUUUCACAGUUAUCACCAAACAGUUGCUAUGAUUUCGAUAGCUAAAGAUGAACCACACUCCAGUGCUGGUCUAGGACUUCGGCAGGAGAUUAGUUUCUUUUUAGAAAUGCAGGUCUAGUUUCAAUGUUGAAUAUUCUCAUAGCUGUGUGUUUAUAUUCUCUUGCUCCUGGAAAAGCAGAUCGAGAUAAACCUGAGGAAAGAUGUUUAGGAGAGCUGCGAUACCUCACUGAUUUGGGUUUUCUUUCCUGUGUAAGUUGAAAAUACUAUCACUGUGCAGAUGGAGCAGAGGCACAGAAUGGUACUGUCCAGCAACUCUGGGCUCACUAAAUUAUUUUUUUACUCUCCAGCCCUUCCCCUUCCUCUGUCCCACAAUAGAAAGGGAUAUGAGCUAUAGCGGCGCCUGUAUGUUGCUAUCAGUGAAUGGCUCUUUCUGAGAAGUUUCAACUCAGAGGAAGCACUCCUAUAAAAUCCACGCCAGUAGUAACAUUCUACCUCGAGAGAAGAGGUUUUUGAUAGCAGGGUUUGAAAAUAAACUAGAAUAGAAAAUCUAUUCCAGCUGCUGCUUUCCCCUGUAAUGCAGGUGUUUCUACAGGGUACCAGAGAUAAUGGCAUGUGAUGCUUAGAGCAGUGAUUUUUUAUUGGGAAUUUCCUUAAGGUAUAAUGCUUAAAGUGAAGCAGCAGCCGACCAGGCUGCACAACAGGGAGUGGAGUCAACUCUAGGUUCUUUCCAUGAGGUGGCAGUGUUGUGGAUAAGCGAGUUUUUAAUGCCCUGGCAAUGGCUACAUUUGACACUUUAGACAAAAUAAAUAUAUUUAAUAAUUUUUGUUUCUCCUUAGGAAUAAGACUUUAGAACUAUUUUGUACUGUGAAUUACGGAUGCUCUUUGAAGGAAAGAAAUAUCGAUUCUAAUGUUCUUCAGAAGCUCUGGCAGGGAUAAGCAGGACAUCGACUGGAACAUACGCUAAAUGAAACCAGACAAAUUCUAUUUUCUUACCUGAGCAAAUAUUUUAUUGAAACUGCUUCUGUAUGUCAAAGGAGCUCACAACUUCAGCUGUACACCUUUUUGUAUCAAAAGAACUCAAACACCUUUUGUAGCUGUUAUUUCCACACUUAAUUUAAAAUGGCUUUGUAGCACUAAAAUACCUAGCAGAAGAUGACUCCAGAUCUUUAAGGAAAUAUUUAGUUUUUAUGAAAAAUUACGCUUCAGUGGUUAAACGUCUCCUGUCUUCGGUGCUUCUGGCCCUAAUAGCACCACUGGACACCACCACAAGCACGUGGAAACAUAUUUUUGGAAGCAGAACUUUAAUUUUAUAUGACAUAUGCUAUGGAGAGCUAAGAAAAUUUUAGGACUACGUGUUUUCUAUUUUUUUUUUUUCUAACCAAAAUGGAAUCCACUGUGUUGAAGACUCUUGGUGUUAUGUGCUUGUCUGACAAUUUUUUAUAAAUUAGAGUAAAAUCUAGUGUAAUCAUGGUCAUCGAAUGGAUUUGUUUGGAAAGUUCAGUCUUAUUUUUGGAUUUUUUUUUUUUUUACAUCAGGGUAACUAUAAACUUAGUAAUUCAAAUUUUUGUUAUAUUGUUUUGCUCUUGGCUAUACUACUUGUGAUCCAUGGAGAAUUAUAUUGACUAACAGGAUAAAUUAUAUAUGCAUUUUAUUUCCCAAUGAAUUGUGCACACUUUAUUUUUGUGGAAAGUUGUAUGUUAAAUCAACGUUAUGUUCUUACUCACUUCUUGAGAAGGAAGUUCCGAUUUGAAAUUGUAUCAUUUCCUUCAAAAUGAAGGGCAGUGCUUAGUUAAAUAAAAGAUUGAUGAUAUCUUUUAAGCCAUUUCCUCUUCACUCUGUCCUAUUAAAAUAAAACCUGUCAGGUCCUUAUGAAAAAUGCUAUGAGGGUUUCCAAUAAACCAUCUUUUAGAGUUAACUG